GUCAGGAGUUAUGCUUGUAGCAAACAGAGAAGUAGAUGGACUGACAUAUUAACUUGAUAUUUUAUGUAAAAUUUUCAUCAUGAGUGCUAAAGACGAGGGGCGCUUCGAUCCAAAAGAACACCAGCACCUGCGUUACAACCCCCUGAGGGACACCUGGGUCCUCGUGUCAGCCCACCGCAUGAAAAGACCAUGGGCCGGCCAGAUUGAAAAACCGCCUGAGGAACUGAUACCCCGAUCUGACCCCAAUAAUCCGCUCUGUCCAGGGAAUGUACGCGCAAAUGGAAUGAAAAACCCUGAAUAUGAUGGUACUUUUGUGUUUGAAAACGACUUCCCUGCUCUUCAGCCAGAUGCUCCAGAUCCAGGUCCAGAUCAACACCCACUGUUCCAGUCAAAACCGGCUAGAGGUGUUUGUAAGGUCAUGUGUUUUCAUCCGUGGUCCGACAUCACCCUCCCACUCAUGAAAAAGAAAGAAAUAGUCAAAGUGAUUGACAAAUGGGCUGAGCUGGUAGAAGAACUGGGUGCCACUUACCCCUGGGUUCAGAUCUUUGAGAAUAAGGGAGCUGUAAUGGGAUGCUCCAAUCCUCAUCCUCAUUGUCAGGUGUGGGCCAGCAGCUUCCUGCCUAAUGAGCCAGCUCUUUCAGACGGCUGUCAGAGACGCUUUUAUGAGAAGCACCGAGAGCCCCUGCUUUUGCAGUACGCCACUCAGGAGGCUGAAAAGAAGGAGCGAGUGGUGGUGGAGAACACUUUUUGGUUGGCGGUGGUACCAUAUUGGGCGACCUGGCCUUUCCAGUUGCUACUGUUACCACGCCGACAUGUGCUCAGACUCAAUGACCUGACGGCAGAGGAGAGGGAGGAACUGGCUGACAUAAUGAAGCGGCUGCUGACAAAGUACGACAACCUAUUUGAAGUGAGCUUCCCUUACUCCAUGGGUUGGCAUGGUGCUCCAACUGGCCCCCAUUUGAAGGAAGACAACUCUCAUUGGCAGCUACAUGCACACUACUACCCUCCGCUGCUACGCUCUGCUACGGUCAAAAAGUUCAUGGUGGGAUAUGAGAUGCUCGCCCAAGAGCAGAGGGACCUCACACCUGAGCAGGCUGCAGAGAAACUGCGCAAUCUACCGGAAGAACAUUUCAAAAGUAGAAAACCCCCGGAGAAAUGAGGAAGAAGAGGAGUAAGGAUCAAAUGGUCGGUGGAUGCAAAUUAGAAAGGGAGAAGACGAACAAGAGCUGCUCAGAAGUCCUCAAGGUUUUUUCUCAGAUGAAACUAUCAACUACAAACACAGCCAUACAUUUCAUAUUGAAGCAGCUUUAAAUGUGGAAAAAUGAUGCUUUAGAUUUAAAUAUUCUGGUCCAACUUCCUUUUCUUUGCUUUAAACCUAGAGUAUUAAGUCAAUCGGGUUUAUUGGAGAGGACUUUGACAUUUGAUGUGUCUGUCACCAACAUGUUACUGAAAUCAAUUCAAAUCAUUUGAAAGAAAGACUGUUUUUUUUUCUCGUUUUUUGUGUUGAAGCCACAUGAUUGACAGCGUUAUUCUAGAAGCAAAUAUGAAAUAUGCUAUUGUCAAUAUGAAAUUAUGUUACAAGCCUCAUCUGAAGUAAACAUUGUGAAGUAAUGUUGCAAGCCACCCAUAACACCGCAGUGUCUGGAGCCAGACGUGGCUUGACUUGGCGGAUUUCAUCUGAGCUCCGUUGACUUUACAGUUCAGAUUGAGUAAACCCACGCAAGCUGGAGCCAAACCAGCAACCAACUUGCUGUGAGCUGGUCGUGCUUACCGCUUCCCCAUACAUGAAUUAUAAUGAGACAAAUACCAAUCAUACAAGUGGAAUGAAUUAUAGAACAAAAGAAGACAUGUAUUGAUUUCUUGGUCAAAAUAAGCGAUGAAUCGCUGAAGACAAUUUCAUUUACUUAUAUGUCUGGAUUUAAUUCCUGUUGCUUUCUGGCUGAAUGUGACACAGUUAGAUAAAUGACUGAAGAAAAUUUGUACAUCAAGAGAGCCAAAAGAUGUUUUCAUUGUAGAAACUGUCUCUAUGUUUUCUGCAUUCACGUCCCUCCAGCCUCCUACUUUCCUUUCUCCCUGAUCUACUGGCCAGUACACGCCUCUUAUGAUCUCCUCCAUUCGAGUAGCACAUAUCUGUUAACUGGGCCAGAUAUGUGCUUCAUAUUGAUGGAUAAAUAUAGAAGAGGAAGUGUUUUGCUUUCACAAACUUGCAUCAUCCAGUCUGUCCUCUGACGGAAUUGGUGGAGACAGAACUUUGACUUGGUUCUGACUUCCCAGGCUGUAUUUCUGUGAACAUCUAGUGGCGUGAUGUUUUACACUGCUCUUCAGUUCUUCCACCACGUUGCUGCAGUGCUUGACCUGACCCAGUGAACUCAUCUGAUUUGCAUCAGUACAACAUUUCUGUCAGCCUGUCAUGCAUUAUCCAUCCCUCAGGGGGGCGUUUAUUAUCGUCGCAAGUUUAUUCUGGAGUUCCUACUGCUCAAAAAUCACGAGCGUCUUGGCAGUUCAUCACUCAGCAUUCUUGUAAUCCACUUUGCUGAUUUCAAUCCAGCGUGUCUUUAUUACAAAUGAUGUAUUUACACCAUCCCAAAACCCCCAAAUCUUUUCUCCCCGUCAGACUAUAUUGCAUCCUCUUUCUAUCAGCACACUUGUUUUUCUCCCGCUGGCGUAUUUCACAAAAAUUCAAACAGUUUUCUAGGCCUGAGUUUCACGAAAUUGAGUGAAAACAAUAAGUACUUGCAGACACACUUUGACACAGCGACACACAAGUUUCACUUUCAAUAAGUACUUGAAUUCAGGGACAACUUUGAGUGCUGAUAAAUAAAGCAGUUGUGAUGCCUUGGAUAAAAGCUGGGGCGCUUUGGGGACACGGAUGUAUCUGAGUCCACAUGUGUGUUUGAGCAGCCAUCAGUGUGUGUUGUGCGCAGCCGUUGUUAUGUACUGUGACAAAUCUCAUUCAUCCAGGUCAAUAUUUAUCCAGUCCUCCAGGCUUACUGGAUCCUCUUCUCUUCUAUUUCAUCACUCCGUUGAGACUUUGUGUGCUUGUUUGUGCGUGCAUGUCAAUGUGUGUUUUAUAUUCGGUGGCAGAGAAAGGAUGAUAGUUUGGCUCCAGACCCGAGCUAUUGCUCUCCUCUUGCAGCAGCACCAAUCGCAAAUUCCUCGCCUACCACUGCGAGUGAUGCCAAUUCUGAUUGGUGCAAGUGGUUUGAAAGUGAACAACCCGUUGUUCUGUACCUUUGCGGCUUGAAAAAUGAAAAAACUAAAUUACGCUAACCCUACCUUGUGCAUUGAACCUAUAACUAGAGCCGCAACAGUGGCCACGGUUAAGUGACAGACUUGAAAACCAAAUUAUUGCAUUUUGAAAUGCAUAUUAACAUCUUAGCUCGACUAUGGGAGAGAAUUAUUUUGAUUUAGUCUGGACUACAGUCUGUUGACCUAGAUGAUCCAGUCAGUAGCUCGAUUACACAUGUAACAGCUGACUCUUAUAAACCCUCAGGAAGAGCUGAACUGCCGAAUUUUUGUCAAUUUCUCUGACCCUGAUUUUGACUGUGUUGAUGUCAACAAGCUCCCUGUUCCCAAACGCUUUGCGCCCUCCCAUAGUACACAUAGAGAGCCAUGUGAUUUCAUGUCGUGGCCAAAGCGCAGUAUCAGCAUAAACCCCUUGGUUUGCACAGUGGGGUAUGGCAUCGCGUCUGCAGCAGUUAACACACAGCGGGAGACUUAAAUGAACUUGUGGUGGUGGAGCGCAGCGUUGACCUCAAGGUUUUCAUUGGACCUUGCAGGAUCAAUUAACACGGCUCACUCUGUUUCUGCUGUAAAGGGUUGUUGCUGUCUCAGCUGACACACCACAGUUAUGGCCAAUUAAUUUCCACGGUCAUAGAGCCGUGACUUGAUCACGCACAACUUCCAUCAACCGCCCCCCACCCGGGGGGUCGCGCCCCACUAUUUGAGAACUACUGACUUGUGGGGGGGGUCAACAACCUCCCUGUCUUUAGGUUGUCAGUUUUCAUGAGUAUUAAAGAGUAUUAAGUAAAUUAUGUGACGCCAUUUGCUGCAAAAUUUGUCUUCACAAAAUUCACGUUGUUAUUAACCACAUACUUGAAAAGGGGAUUUAUAGAAUGUAUAUCUGAGCUAAUCCGUUUUUAGCAUUCCUUGGCACUGGCCAACAAUAUCUUCUUUUCCUUUCAGCUUCUCCCUUCAGGGGUCACCACCACAGCUGAUCAUCUUCCUCCAUCUCACCCUGUCCUCUGCUUCCUCUUCUCUCAAACCUACAAACCUCAUGUCCUCCUUCACCACCUCCAUCAAUCUCCUCUUUGGCCUUCCUCUCCACCUUCUGCCUGGCAGUUCCAACCUCAACAUCUUCCUGCCAAUGUACUGGCUCUCUCUCCUCUGUACAUCACAGAAUACAUGAAAAAAAAAUGAAGUCAAACCUGACUUUGUGCUUCUUUAUUCUUCACUCUCUCGUGCUCUCAUACCUACGUGCUGUAUUGCAGAUAUCUGGUUGAAUCGGGAGGGCGUUCAUCAUCAUAAUGGCCGACCAGCUUAUCAGCAAUGUCUACGUGUUUAUAUGUAUGUGUUUUAAACAUCCACACAAGAACCUGAUGAAAUAUUACAUCUCUCGGGGCAUCUUCAGGUUUGGUAGCAACAACCAGGGACAUAUACUGUUGAUGUAUUUCAAGCUGCACUGCACUUCAUGCUCCCUCAACUGCUCUUUGUACAAGUCUGCAGAGAGGUCUGUUGGACGUGAACGCUCAUCCAGACGUACUCGCUAUGAUAUCCCCAAUCCUUCGCUCUGUCACAGGGGAGCGAGAGGACGACUGAAAUCAGAAGGCAUUGGAGAUAUUUUUAGGAAAACAUGACCUACUUCUUUGUUUCUAUAAAAGACAAGUGAUAAUCUCAAGUCUGGUCAAAUAAAGAUAAGAGAUAUACAAAUAUCCCCACAGGUCUCUCUGAACCAACAGCAGGCAUUUUUUUCCCCUCCUUCAUCUUGUUUGCUGCAGCUUAGCUAAAUAAACACUCGUCGUCCUGCGAUGUCCCGGGCUCCUCUGCUGAUACAAUCUUACUUCUCGCUCUGUGUGUGUGAUCAUGUCGUCCAAAACACAAUCUGAUAAGGUAAUCUGAUUGUGCUUCGUAUCUGAAUCUGGAUGCGUUUGUAUUUAUUGUUUAGCAUUUGUGCAUGGUGUGAUAGGAUGAUAAACACACAAAAAGUUGAGAGAAAAAUCAGCUAUUAUUUGUUGUUGCGUCUGGCAAUGUCUAAAAAAAUAGAUGAAAUCCUGAUUUCAGUGCUUUCAACAUGUACAGUGGAGCAAAAAAAAAGUAUUUGCUCAGCCACUGAAUUUGCAAGCUCUCCUACUUGGAAAGAUGACAGAGGUCUGCAAUUUUCAUCAGAGGUCCACUUCAACUAUCAGUGACAAAAUGAAAAAAAAAAUAUAAUAAGGAAAUCAGGUUGCAGGAUUUCUAAAAAAAAAAAAAAAAAAAAAGAUUUGUAAAUCACCGUGAGUAUUUGGUCGAUAACAGAACUCAAUACUUUGUAACCUAUGUUGGCUCUAAGUCUUCAUCAGGUCUGCAGACACUGCAGCUGGUAUUUUGGCCCAUUGCUCCAUGCAAAUCUCCUCUACAGCAGUGAUGUUUCAGGGCUGUUGCUGGGCAACAUAGACAUUCGACUCCCUCCACUGAUUUUUCUGUGGGGUUGAGGCCUGGAGACUGGCGAGGCCACUCUUGGACCUUGAAAUGCUUUUUAUGGAGCCACGCCUUUGUUGCUAGAGUGGUGUGCUUGGAAUCAGUGUCAUGCUGGAAGACCCAGCUGCCUGCCAUCUCAAUCCUGGAAAGGAGGUUUUGGCUUAAAAUGUCACGUGACAUGGCCCCUGUUUGUUCUUCCCUGAACAUGGAUCAGUUGACCUGUUCCCCAUGCAGAAAAACAGCCCCAAAGUACCGCUAUCGGGUAUUAGUCUGAUACUGGGCGCGAGUACUCGUAGUCAUGCUCCGAUGCCACAGAUACCACGAAAAUGAUAUCACUUUGCAGCGGCUGUCAAGUUUUGUUUGUCAGUUAUAACAGUAAAAUGUAUGUUUGCACUGAGGUGAAACUUGUUACUGUCACCCUUGUACAAGAAAAACAUACUGAGGAAUGUUGUUAAAAUAAUGAUAUAUAUGAAAAAAAAGUCUUAAUGUGUAAUGGCACACUCUGUAUUGGUAUCUGAGUACUCAAAUGAAAGGACACUGCCCGUUUUAGAAAAAAAGCGGUAAGCUCUGAUAGAAGGUUACCAUAAGGUUGAUAUCACAUGCAGGAAGCAGAGAACAUCGAUGAAGGUGUCCAUAAAAUAGAAGUGACAAUCUGCAUUUCUAAAUAACAAGAAAAAAAACCAUACAUUAACAGGAUUAAUAAUGAAGAUAUACAUUCAAAGACAAUUCAUGAGUCUAAACAAAUGACAGGAAAACGUGAUAUGCUGGUCCCACACAGUCAGAGGCUCGGUUCCACUGACCUUUACCGAGAAAUGCAUUUUUGUGAGUGUGUGUGUGUAAGUGCUGCUUGAAGUAGCUGUAGUAAUAUCCACAGACGUCAGAAGUCUCUCUCUCUCGCUCUCUCUCUCUCUCUCUCUCUCUCUGCUGUACAUCACACCACUGCCCUUCAGCCAGAUGCUGCAAAUCCCUCAUUGCCCUUUUAAUUAUGGCUAAGAUUUAGGUCCCAUCUUCACUUUUUAACGGCCGGAAAGGUCUUCAGCAAAGCAGAUUUUCCAUGAAAUGUUUAAUCACUAUUAUUCAUUUCAUUUCCCUGCACGCCACACAAAAAAGAAACGCUGAUAUUGUGUCUGCAGUUUUCGUUGACUGGGAAUUAAAAACUGUAUUUCAGAGAUCCUCGUCUGAACUGUUUCUUUAUUGUUCCAUGUUGUUUUUUUAUUUUUAUUUAUUUUUUGGA